CCGCGGGUAACUGAGGAGCAAACCACUCUGCUGGCCGCAGAGCAAGAGAUCAGCGGAGAGAGGGAGAUAGAGGGAGGGAGGAGAGCGAACACAUGCAGCGCAGCAGAGGAGAGGAGAGGAGCAUCUGAGAGGAAGCUGCACGACUGCUCUGACAGAGAGAAAGACAGAGGGAGGAGAGUACUUCUUCUUCUCCACACUAACAAGGAGGCAGAGAGCAAAAAGAGGCGAAGAGAGGGAAAGAAAGAAAGGCAGGAGAUGUGGAGAUAGUAAGAGGAAGGGAAAAAGUAUCCCUCCCUGCCACUUAGAGAGAUAGAGAGACAAAGAGGAAGGCAAAACAAAAGGGGUUGGAGAGACUGUGGAGUGAGGAGAAGGAGGCAGCGGACUGGAGAUAGUUAGAGGAACUGCAAGACUGAUCAGUGAGCGGCUGAGAUUUUUGGGAAGAAAUUCAGACUCAGUGAGAAAGAGAGCGAGAGAGAGAGAGCGCGAGCGGGGGAGAGAGAGUCAAUGACUGGGAAAGAUUGAUGAAUGAAAGAUGGGAGCAAAACAUCUGGAGAGAAAAGAUGACUUAGAGAGAAAUAUUUAACGAGGGACAGGCAUCUCGGCGGGAGGCAGUUUAAGGGAGGAGACAAAAGGGAGAAGGAAUAAAAAAUAAAUACAUUUCGAGAAAGACAGGAAAUAAAGGAGGAGCAGGGGGUGAAAUAUUUAAGAAAAGACAGGGGUGAGGGGAGACGAGCAGGGAGUGAAAGAGUCAGAAACUUAGAGAAGAGAGAGAAUAAAUCAGAGAAGCAGAGGGGGAACUGCUCUCUUCCUUUUCUUUUUUCUUUUCUUUUUUUUGAAAAAAAAUCUUAAAUCUUAGUCCCUCCUCUUCUUUAUAAAACAAGGAGGGGAAAUGAGAGGAGCAGGAGAGAGUUGAGCAGCACAGCAGAAGAAGGAGAUGAGUUUUUCUUCAAAGUCCAGGUAGAUUUUUAAGGUAGAUCUUUAACAACACAAGCGCAUCCAAUGGCGUGCUACUACAUUGUGAUCAGUUCCACCCAUCUGCGUGACGGACAGCUGAGGAGCAUCAAGGGGGUGUUCAGGGGACCAAUAGGAACCAACAGCCAAAGAAACACGGAGGAAGGGAACUCCAGGUUUUACUGCGAGCUGUGUGAUAAGCAGUACGUGAGGCACCAGCAGUACGACAACCACAUCAACUCCUACGACCACCACCACAAGCAGCGCCUGAAGGAGCUGAAACAGAGGGAGUUUUACAGAGCGCUGUCCUGCAGGAGGCAGAGGAGGCGCAGGGAGGAGAGGCGAGAGGAGAGAGUCCUGAGGAGACUCCAUCAGCAUGAAGAGAGGAGGACAGGAGAAAGUGCUCCAGGUUCUGGGCCCAUGUUCCGGUCCACCACCGUGGCAGUCGACCCAGCAAGUCAGAGCCAACCAAACUUUGUGCAGAACUGGGCUGAUCUCCGUCCCAACAGCUCCUCUCUGGCAACAAAGCCUCAGACGUCGCUGAUCCAGCCCUUCCUUCCCCUGGACCCUGCACUGGAAACCCGACUCCUGAGCAACACACAGUGGGAGUAUGAUCAAAUGGAUGUCAGCAACGCUACAACUGCUGCUGCUGAAUCCUGCAUCCUCGACAAGACGCAUGUGAGCUACAAGCCGCUGCCAGCCAUUACAUCUAAAAAUGACAACAGAAAUAACAACUCUACCAAAACCAGCCCCUUUAACAAGACCCCUUGGGCUCAUCACUAUUUAAACAAACCCAGCGCUCCCAAUAACGUCCCAACAAAUGCCAGCAAUGCCACACCUAAUGGCUCCAUUUUCAACAAAACCAUUGUGACCAGCAUCUGUGACAGCUCCACCGCUGCCACCAUCACUAACAACAGAGUCCGUCCCGUGUCCUUCUCACUGCCCAAAAGGAGCUGUGUCCUUCUCCACCAAUCAGCUGCCGUGUUCAUUCAAGGCUCUGGGCCAUCAGGGAAGCUGGACACGGUACAAGAAAGAGCCAAAAAUCUGGGAGAGAAAUCCCCAGAUCAGCAGCUCAAAUCUCCAGAAUCUGCAGACGUGGAUGUUGUUACUAUAGAUCACUGGGAUACUGGAAACCAGUGCAGUGUGGACAGUAAAAGUGCAAUCCAGAACUCUGAGGCUGGAGUCAUUAUGUCUACAGAGAAGGGGACUGUGGGACUCUCUGGGACUGGAGCCCACUUUUCUUCAUGUAAUCUCAAUGCAAUCGGAGUUGUGGACUCAGUUUCCAGUGGGAAUGGAGCCCACCUCUCCGUGUGUAAUGACAACGGGACUGGAGCCCGAGUCGGCCGCGAAAGUGGGACUGGAACUCAUGAUUAUUUAAACAGUGGGACACCAGGACAGGUUUCUAACAGUGUAAGCACAGAUUCAGUUUGCAGAGACAGCAAGGCUGAGAUCCAUGAGGUUGUGGAUGACACAAAAUUAAAUCCUUUCCAAGAAGUUAAGGAUCUGCUUUGUCCUGCUACAAACGACACUGAAAGCUCUCAUUCUGUUUUAUAUGAGUCUUCAUGUCAAACACAGCCCAAAGAAUCAAACUCGUCUCAGUCAAAGUGGCCUAAAGAAUCACCUCCUGCACCCCCAAGUCGUCCCAAAGAGCCAUUUUAUCGAGUCCUGAGCCGAGAUGGCAGCAGGGUUCUCCUCUGGCCAACGGAGAUGGUCAGCUACACCAAAACUUCACCCCCAAUCUCCUACAGCGUCAACCCUCUACUGUACGACUUCAGAGCACAUAACAAGGCCAAGGAAGGGGGCGAAGAAAAGAAAGGAGGGCUAGAAGAUGGCAGGGAGAGAAUAAAGCCAUCUGUGAUCAAACAGCCCAACUGCCAACAGAGGCAGGAAGAUAUGGAGAGAGGGAGGGAGGUGAAGAUAGAUGAAAGGGAAGAAGAGGAUGAAGGAGGACAGGCAGGAAAUCCUAUGGAACUUGUAGCCCAUUGUAGCAGCAGCGACGCAGUUCUGGAUCGCUCCAGCUGCCACAAUGAAAGCGCUUUAAAAUUUGUUCCCGUCUCAGCAGAAUGCCACCAUGCACCGACGGUAGGCCUUCAAAAAACAGGGAGGAGGAGGAGGAGGAAGAGGAGAGGAGGGGUGAGGCGAGGAAUGAGAAAGAGGGGGAGAAGGAAAAGAGGAGAAGACGCAGAUAGAAAGAACUUAGAAAGGGGACGAAGGAUAAUAAGUACUCUUUGUGUGAAUCAGAUGUUUGAAGGGAGAGAAGAGAGGCUGAAAAGACAGGGCACUGUAAAGGAGGACAGGAGAGAAAAAGGCCUAUUAAGUAAUCUUGCGGCACAUCGGCUGGUAGGAGGGAAAGAAAAGAGGAUGACGGGAGAGGAAAGAAGGAUAAGAGGAGAUCAGACGGAGCGAGAGAGGGCAGGUAGAAAUGACGGGAAGAGAGGAGAGCUAUUAAGUAAUCUUCCUGUGAAUCGUUGUAAUCGGUGUAACCAGCUGUGUGUGCAGGUGAAAAGGGAGGCCAGCCAGCAUCAAUCCCAGCAAUCAGUCUCCGGGUGGGGCCAGGGGCUCAGAAAGCUCCUCUGCAGGGGUGCAGCAUGUAACUCGGUGAUUAGCCCUGUCCCUGGGUCUGUUAUAGAGAUGCCACGCUGUCCUGCAAUUACAGCCGACCCUGCUCAGAACGACAAAGAGGCGGGAGAGAUGCACAAAAAUACACAUGUAGGGAUGAAGGAAGGGCAGGGAGAUGAGGAGCAAAGGAAUCUGAGGAACACAGAGAUAAGAGGCGCUCAGGAUGCUAAAGAAAACGUGUGCAACCUAGCGAUUAAUGGAGUUCCUUUUCCCUGCCGAGACGCACCGCGGCAGCCAGAAAUUUGUCUUAUUCCUAAACCUCGCAGAGAAACAACAUGUGAUCCAGCGAUUAGCCUUGUCCCUGCUCCCUUCAGAGAAACAGCAUGCAGUCAAAGACAAACAAUACCUGCAGGACACAUCAAUCCAGUGUUAGGCUCGGCCCCACGCUGCGCCGCACAACAGACGGUAACAGAACCGAGAAUCAGAUCGGCCUGCGCAGACACGAGCCUAACUGGUUCAGCGCUUUCAGAGGAGACAGCGUUGAAGGGAGCAGCAACGACCGGCAAAAGGAAGAGCGCGUCGCCGGAGGCUGCAGCGACUCCGAGGAAGAAACGGAAAAGGGGAAGGAGACAGACGAGGAAGGUUGUCAGUGUUUGCUUUGGUUUGACCUCUGACCUCAACCAGGGUCUCACAGAGGCACCUGAACUUAACAGCUGCGAAAAACGGCUGCUUUCAGUCAACGCUCUUGAGCCCAGUCCGGAGAACAAAAGCACCAACUGGAGGACAAAAUACUCUCUGAGUUGUGACUCAAGUAACAGGGAGGGAACGUUCAGCUGUAACACCACUGACAAACUCCAUUACUGCUGCUGUGAUGACAGCGAAAGCAGCGAUGCUAACACUAAUGACUACAGCCAGGCUCCCUGUAGUCCCUCCGGAGGUGAUGGAGAGGUUAAGUGCUGGGCAGAGGAACCGUUCGGUGACUGUCACACCUUCAACACGCCGAGCGACCAGAGUCAAGGUGAUGGAAAGUGUAACAAGGAGGACGGACAUGAUGAUUCUGCCAUCUGCAGCGACAAUCCCUCAAAUAAGAAUGACAAACACGAUCGGCGGCGUGACAAAGACGAGGAUCACUGUCACGCACACGCGGCUGAACUCCCCUCAGCUAAGGAUAAACCUGCAUGGAGUUCAACGAAAGACUUGUUUACCUGUAGCACUGAUGACACACAUGCUGACCGCUGUCAACGGGAAAACGAGCACACAGCAGCUCACGGCCUCUGUGACUCCAAAGCCAGCGCAACGUUCCACGACCAAAUAAAGAACCACGACCAAAUAAAGAACAAAAGCGACCACGGUGAAGAGGGAAAAACCAAACCGCUGGGCCACAUCCAGCAACAAGACAGCCUCUCUGAUUGUGGUGUCCGUCAGAGUGACGGCGCUGAUGUUGACAGCGGUCAGUGGGAUUGUUGUGACAGUAAUCAUGUCGUUGAUUGUAAUGACUGUGGUAAUGCUGGUGAUCACAGUCGCACCAGAAACGAAGAUGCUGCAGUUACGACUGCGCAGAGGACGGACGAAAGGGGCGUGGAGAAGGAGAGGAAGGGGGAGGAGGAGCAGGAGAAACAGAUGGAGAGGAAACAUUUAAAAGAGGAGUGGGAGAAGGAGUGGGUGAGGAAGAAAGAGAAGGAGGAGAAAGAGAGAAGGAAGGAGAUAGAUUUUGAAUAUUUCUAUCCUGAGAAGAGGCCUUGCUUUCCUCAUCACCUCCCUCCACCAUGCAUCCCUCUCCACGCUCCUCUCCUCCUGCCCCCAUCCCUCUCCUCCUCCUCCUCCUCUUCCUUCUCCUUCCAUCACACCAUCGUCCAGCACCACCUCUCGCUGCUCCCUCCUCCGUCACACCUCCCCGUCACCUCCUACCCUCACCUUCUUCACUCUUUCAGCCCGCAUCUCUCGCCUCUCACUCUUAACCCGCCUCCUGCUCCUCCUCCUCCACCUCCUCCUCCUCCCCAUCUUCCUCCCCCGUUCUACGCUUCUUCCCCUAUCCCUCUCAUGGACACCCCUGGUCCAUAUCCCUUGGCGGCAGCAUUUCAUCCUGUGCAGGGUCACCACCCGUCUCUGUACCCUGCUCCACAUCCAGCAGUCUUGCCGCUACAGGUGUUGUUCUGAAGGCAAGAUUCGUGAAAGGUGCAUUUUCUUAUUUACAAAGAAUAAGUUAUCCGCUGGAUGAAAGCAGCUUUUUAGUGUCAUCGCAUGCAAGGGUGGAAUGAAGGGGAUGCAUUUUUCAGGAACACUUAAGUAGAAAAACUAAACUUAUCUAUCUCGAAGCCAAACCUCUGACAACCUCAUCAGCCCGCCCAAACACGGCACUGAUUCACAUGUGAAAAAAACAAAAAAAGACAGCUAAUUAUCUUCAUCAGACGCAAUCCUGCUCAAAAUGAGCCUCAGGUGUGCAGCCAGCGGGAUCGUGCUGGGGAUACACAGCUGGGCUCGUUUCCCUCGGCACAAAUCAGUCAACGCUUCUGUUCUGCAUUUUUAAACCAAUGAUUUCCUUCUUUUUUUUUUUACUACUUUAAAGGACAGAUUCAACUGUUUACACCGUUACGUAUCUUCCGUCUGUGAUAAUAAAUGCAGGAUGAGAGCUUUGACUUCAGUUAGGAAACGUUCUCGGCCGAGAGACGACAACCUGUCCAAAUUUAUGAUUUCUGAAAGGUUGAAACACAAUCAAGGGUUUCCCGCCUAGAGCUGAUAUUAAUAUUAAACACAAUAUUUCUGCUGCUUCAAGGGCAGAAUAAUUCAAACAUUUCAUUACUUAACUAAUCUGAAACAAGAAAUGUUUAUAUGAGUCAGGCUAUAUCAGUGUAACACUACAUUCAUUUAAAAUCUCAAAGGAAAAAGUAGGAAAAAGACGACUUCCUGUCAUUAUCUUAUAAACUCUAAGUCAGCUGCAACAAGCCUUGUAAGCAGCUGGAGUAAAUAGACUGAAAUAUUAAAGGGGAACAUGAGGGCCUUUCACAAAAUGUCAGAAAUUGCUAAACCAAUCAGAGCCACAAAUUCAACUCCACAGCACUUAAGUGAUGUGCAUGAUUUGAUUGGUCCAACUUUCGUUCAUCUGAGUUUGAAAGAAGUUUGAAAGAAGACAGCGCAGAGGAUAAAAAAGAUCAAAUCUUUUGCUUCUGCUGCAACAAUUUGCAAAACAAAACUGUGUCCAUCUUUGUAGACAAGGCCAGCAUAGCAAUAGCUGACAUGUCCAGGGUGUGCAAACACAAGAGGGCAGAGAUAAUGGAUAUGUGCUCACUAGCCAGUCAUGGAGCAGGAAAUGUUCUGGUUCUGGCAUGAUGUGAACGCAGCAGAAGCUCUGCAUUAGAGCAGAUGAUUUUAUUGUACUGCUGACUACAAUUCUAAAAGAUGAGCCAUUUAGGUUUAACGUACAAAGAAAGAAAGCAGACUAUGAGAAUUUACACAAAGCAAAUAAAGCUUUAGAAAGGACAUUUUCUUGGCUUCUGUAUCUUAACACAUAUGAGCUGCAGACUUCAGCAUCAGCCUAGGUGAUUGGUAGAAAAUCUUCUCAUUGAAAAAGAAACAUUAUUUAAAAAAACACACACACACGCAAAACUACACAGAUUUGCUGUAAACUGGCAGAAAAAUGCAAACGAUAAAUAUUACAGUUGGAUCCUGCAUACUGUUAGUUUGUUGAACCUGCAUAAAAGAGCAGCUGAUGCUGACAUUAGAGUGUAAAUUGGUAUCCUAGCCUCUUGUGCAGCGUGUCAGUAUGUCUAAUGCUGAACGUCAAGAGGAAAUGUUAAGUUUAGAAAUAAGCCUCUGCUCUUUGAUUCUGAUGAACUCACUCCAGCGUCUGACCUUUACACUUGACGUUUUAGAUCGUUGAUUUUCUGCCAUCUCCCUCCGCCGCAGCCGCACUAAAAAUAUCCCAAAGUGGCGGAUAACUUUACAUUUAGUGACUCACCCAUUUAGGCCAAAACACACAGUGAUUGAUUCAGCACGCUUUGUGACACACUCGACUUCAGCAGAGCUCGGUCCCGCCGAGACUGAGAGCGGCGAUGAAAUGUGGGAAGAUGUGAGCCUUUGAUUGUCAGGCAAUCACAAAACAAGCAUUUUUUGAUUAAAGCCCCCCGCCCCCCACCCCUUGUCAUUCAUUGGCUGCUUGUUGCAGUUUGACAGGUGAUUUUCCACUCUGUGGUCCGUGGCAAAAUAACUCAAGUGCAGUCGCAUCCUUUCAUUCAAAUGCUGAAAGUUCAAAACGUUUUAUUCUCUGUGAAUAGCCUCCCUCAGGUGGAUUUUUCCUUUAAAGCUCAAGGGUUAUGACAAAGCCCCAUGCAAAGUAAGGAGAAAUCCAUCGCAAUUAAGAAAAUGUGACUGCACGGCAUCUUUAUAAAUCUUGCCACGUGACACUGAGACUUUCAGAGGUGUGAAUGCUAGGUAGGUAGGUGGAAGCAGCGACAAGGGAAGAGCACAGUGACACCCACACUUACUGACGCAUUGUUUUCCUCAGACGUUUUCUCUGAAAUGGAACAUCUGGUUGCGAUAGCUUUGGGGUAUCUCUGGCAGCACCUUUUCCAUCUCACACACCGUGUAGAUUAAUUGUGGUGCAGGCAGCAAUAACAAACAAGUAAGAAAAUACACAUUAAAAUUCAACUACUACAAUUACUGUGGGCGGAUCACCAUCCUUAUUCUCACCAGUAUCUGUGGCCAAAUUAAAAUAUAUUGUCUCCAGCAGGCAUCCUGUGUGAUCUUUACAUAUUUCGCUUGCAAUCUCUCUCUCCCAGAGGUCUUUGACUGCUUCCUCGCCACUUGCUCUCCCGUGCGUUGGCGACACGUGGCGUCCACGUUGACGUAAAUACAGUUUAUUAAGUGUCACGAAACUUUUCCUCCAAGAAAGCAUUAUUAGCUGUGGUGACGACACUCCUCGUAGCUGAAGUUUGUAACCUCACGUUCUCCCGGAACGCAGGUUUUUAUUUAUUAUUGUGAUAAACAGUGUAUAUUAGAGAAUACAAAAGAAGAAGAAGCUGUUAUUAGAUGUAUUUUUGUAGAGAACCCUCAGUUGAAUGAGGUUUUUGUAUUAUGUACUCCGAUGCUAUUUUAGCUAGUAAAUGAACCUCACACCUGUUUCAUUUCGCCUCUUGCUGUUCUGAUCUCCAAUAAAUGAGUUUAAAAUGCCAUAAUUGAGCUUCUUCAGAAUGCAGUUUUUACCUGUUUUGUCAAGGAAAUGUCUUAAACGAAUAUUUAGCAGAUAUAUUUGUGUGUGUGUAUGUGAUCUUAUUUCAGCGAACUGAUAUCCACAGAUAUUAUCCCAGCUAACAUAAUAGAUCUAGUAAAUCCCUUGAGAAAAACAAAUUACUCUGAACAUGGAAAUAAAUCAGUAGACUUGA